AGCCGGUCAGAAGGAAAAAUGCCUCCUUCGAUAGAGAUAGCUGUUCUGCUUCUCGGCGUCCUGGUUUUGGAGACGCGCCGGAGUGCCAGUGCGCUGCACAUCCAACAGGCAUUCGCGUCUCCAAAUCAGACUAAUAACUUCGUGGUGGACCCGGUGUCCAGAAAGGUCUACCUGGCCACCGUCAACACAAUCUACCAGCUGAACGGGACCUUGACCAUCGAGGUAGAGAAGAGGACCGGUCCGGUGGAAGACAACCUGUUGUGCCAUGCGCCACAGCUUCCACAGGCUCCGUGCGAGCAUCCCAAAUCCCUCACUGAUAACUACAAUAAGCUCCUGGAGCUGGACCGAGAGCAAGGGGUAGUGGUGGCAUGUGGAUCCGUGUACCAAGGCUUCUGUGAGCUCAGAAAAAUGGAGAAUAUUUCGGAGAUAGCGGUGGAGUUCCCACCACAGGGCGAGAAGACCGUUUUCCCCAGCAUGCUUAACAUUGCUGCCAAUCACCCAAAUGCAUCCACUGUGGGGCUCAUCUUCAGGAGCCACGGGGGAAACACCCGGCUUCUCGUCGGGGCGACCUACACAGGGGCUGGUACCCAAUUCUUCCCCAAGAAUCACAGCAAGGAGGACCUGCGCUUUGAAAACACCCCGGAGAUCGCCAUCCGCUCUUUGAAUGUCAAGGAUUUAUCCCGACUUUUCACCUAUGACAUUAACCCCUCAGAGGAUAAUGUGUUCAAGAUCAAACAAGAGGUGAAAACCAAAAACAAGCUGAACUUCGUCCACGCUUUUAUGCAGAAGAGUUAUUCAUACAUAGCCUUCAACAAUGACGCGAAAAUGGGCCACAAGGAAAGCCAGCCAAACAGCAUCCUUGCCAGGAUAUGUCUGGAUACCGAGACCCCCAGAAAAUCCACCGGCCCGGAGAGCAGGAAGCUCACGGAGUCCUAUAUUCAGAUGCCCCUACAGUGUGGAUUUAACGGGAACAUUUACAACCGGUUGAUGUCCGUGUACCCCGCGGAGAUCCAUACAGAGGACGGUAAGAGCUCAGAACCGUACAUGUUCGGAGUGUUCUCCAAGGGUGACAGAAAGUCUGCCCUGUGCGCCUUCAAGUUUGGAGACAUCGAGGAAGAGAUCAGACAGGGCCGCAGGAACUGCUCUAACUCUCCCAGCAGCGAUGUUCAGGUGUUGGACAGCGUUAUCCAGGGCUCCGGGGCAGCCUGCAUUAUGAAGGGAAACCUGGUGCUGCAGCCGGAGCAGCUGGACUGCGGUGCGGCCCACCUGCAGCACCCACUGGCCCUACGACGGCCCCUGAAGGCCAUUCCUCUGUUUGAAUACUCUGGCCUUAGUUCGGUCUCUGUGGACAAUGUACACAAUCGCACUGUGGUUUUUCUAGGAACCAGUAAUGGACGCCUUCGUAAGCUGACCCUCCUAGCGAACAUGACCUUGGCUAACCAGUGGACACUGAAGCUGCCAGCCAGUGAACCCGUCCAUCACAUCAUGACCUUCGACCCCAACGACAGAAACUUCCUUUAUCUCAUGACCUCUCACCAUAUGCUGAGGGUGAAAGUGUCAGAUUGUGACCAGUGGAGGAUCUGCAGUGACUGUCUGGGAGCAGGUGACGCCCACUGUGGCUGGUGUACUCUGGAAAAUCGAUGCACCACCCAGAGGGAAUGCACUCAGGGGCUGUCAGCACGUUCCUGGAUCAGCAUGAGUGAAGGCCCACAGCAGUGUCCGUCCAUGACCCUGACACCCCCAGAGAUCAGCAUCUCUGCAGACAUAAAGGAUGUCGGCAUUCUGAUAAACGGCAGUGUUCCUGAUCUGGUCGGCUCCCAGGUGGAGUGUGAAUAUGGGCCGGGGUUUUCUACAGCUGCCACAGUGCACCUGGACUCCGGUCCAGCUCAGAUCCAGACCUGUCCCCUGCUCCCUCGGGAAAACUACCAACCAAUCCCCCUUGGCACAGAUCAUCUGACUGUUUCUGUGGCGAUAAAAGUGAACGGCACAUCCGUAGUUUCUGGUGACUUCAUCAUCUAUGACUGUGAGAGGACUGGAAUAAUACACCCAAAGACGUCAUGUGUGAGCUGCCUGAGCACCAGGUGGAAGUGUUACUGGGACCAAGAGAAGCACCUAUGUGUCUCCAGUAAAGAUGAGUCAAUGCACAACCUGCUGGAGAAGGCAGAUUCCUGCCCCAGCCUGGUUGCCACAGAGGUUGCUCCAUCACCAUCAGGAAUGAUCCAGGACUUCACCUUAUCCCUGAUCAACAUCCAGGAGGGGGAGAAGCUGGAGUGUGACUUUGGGACAGAUCAGCGAUAUGAGGCAACAUGGCUGAACAGCUCGACAGUCAAGUGCAGUGGAGUAACACUGUCCACUAAUCAGAGGAGUCACAUUUACCAUCUCAACCUGAGGAGGAGAGGAUACUUUAAUGGACAGGCGAACGUUUUCAUUGACAGCCCUCAGCCCAUGAAAGUGGAGGUAUACAACUGUGGAGUGGAUAGUUCUGAUUGUUCUCAGUGCUGGGGCCGGGAGGAUCAGGGACACCUCUGUGCCUGGUGUGAAAACAGCUGUAGGCAGAGGGAUGACUGCCAGCCAUUCAAAGAUCAAUGUCCAACUCCUGAGAUCCACAAGAUCUUCCCCCUCAGGGGUCCAGUGGAAGGAAGCACCCGGCUGACAGUACAGGGCAAGAAUCUUGGUCGCAGGGCUUCAGUAGUAAAAGUCUCCAUUGGGGAUGUUCCUUGCGAUCUUCUGCCUGAGCUCUACAAUGUCUCUGUAGAGCUGGUGUGUGUCACUGGGGCAUCUGCAUACGAGAGGACGGAUAUUGUCCGAGUGCAUGUGGAUCAGAGUGGGAUGGGGAUGUCAAAGGAAAGCUUCUCAUACUUAGUACCAAAACUGAUGUACAUUGAGCCCAGGAAGGGCUCUCGUGCUGGAGGAACCAGAGUGAUCAUCGGAGGUGAACACCUGGACAUCGGCUCUCAGGUCAGAGUCAAGGUCAACAACACGCAGGAAUGCAUCAUUACAGAGAAAACAGAUGAAACCAUUGAGUGCACCAUGCCUCCAGCCUUGCAGGCAAACACUGACUCAGUAGCAGUGUGCGUGGAAUUUGAAAACCUUCCCUGUCAGAGUGCCGAACUUAGUACCACAUACACUUAUGAGAAGAACCCCAUUAUCAGCUUAAUCCACCCCAAAAAGAGCUACCUCAGUGGUGGCAGGACCAUCACAGUGACAGGCCAUGGUUUUGAUCUGGUGCAGAGUGUCACCAUGCAGGUGCUGGGAAUUGGACAAACACAUUGCUCAGUGCUUUCCCAGUCGAUGAUCACCUGCCCGUCCCCGCCAUCUAGCCAGUCCCAGCAGACCUCGGUGCAGUUCUUCCUGAAUGAAGUCCUCUACACCGGAGACAGCCCCUCGUUCUCUGAGGAUGAGGCAGAGGAAGAGGAGGUGGAGCCUCAUAAAGGUCACUUCCCCCUGGAGUACGUGGAAGACCCUCAGUUCUUCACAGCCAACAAGGAGAAACUGAUUAAACACCACCCUGGAGAGCCACUGACACUCAUCAUCAACAAAGGGCCGAGCGAUCUGGAACUGGUGCCGGAAGAAUACUCAGUGAUGAUUGGCUCCUAUCCUUGUAACAUCAGCUUCCAUAACGACCAGCUGUUUCACUGCACCAUCAACGGACUGCUGAGCUCUAGCGAAGGAGAGCUGCCUGUCACUGUGCAACUGGGGAACUUUCGUCACACCAUAGCCAAAGUACAGCUGGGUGGCAGUGAGCUGGCCAUCGUGGUUUCCAUUGUGGUGUGCUGUGUGCUGCUGUUGCUGUGCACUGUGGCUCUUGUGGUGUACUGCACAAAGAGCCGAAGGGCAGAACGCUACUGGCAGAAAACUCUACUGCAAAUGGAGGAGAUGGAGUCCCAGAUCAGAGAGGAGAUACGUAAAGGCUUUGCUGAGCUGCAGACGGAUAUGACAGACCUGACCAAGGAGCUGAAUCGCAGCCAGGGUAUCCCAUUUUUGGAGUACAAACAGUUUGUCACACGCACGUUCUUCCCCAAGAUGUGCUCUGAUUAUGAGAAGAGUCUGGUCCAACCCGUCUAUGAAAAUGAUGGUCUGGGACCUCGAGCUCUGCCAGAGACCCACCCACUGCUACAGGACUGGAAGGCCACCAACAACACGAGGCCUAACGUAGAGGAGGGCAUCACUCUGUUCUCCACUCUGCUCAAUAACAAGCACUUCCUGAUCACAUUUGUCCACGCCUUGGAACAGCAGAAGGACUUUGCUGUACGAGACAGAUGCAGCCUGGCAUCACUGCUCACCAUCGCCCUCCAUGGUAAGCUUGAGUACUACACCAGCAUCAUGAAAGAUCUGCUUGUGGACCUGAUUGACGCCUCAGCUUCCAAGAAUCCCAAAUUGAUGCUGCGCCGCACUGAGUCUGUUGUGGAGAAAAUGCUGACCAACUGGAUGUCUAUCUGCAUGUACAGCUACCUCAAGGAAACAGUGGGUGAGCCUUUCUUUCUGCUGCUGUGUGCAAUCAAGCAGCAGAUCAACAAGGGCUCCAUAGACGCCAUCACAGGAAAGGCUCGCUACACCCUCAACGAGGAGUGGCUGCUUCGUGAGAACAUUGAGGCCAAGCCACAGAACAUGAACGUGUCUUUCCAGGGCUGUGGCAUGGACUCGCUGUCCGUCAGGGUCAUGAAUACAGACACAAUCUGCCAGGUGAAGGAAAAAAUCAUAGAGGCCUUUUAUAAAAACCUGCCAUUCUCCCAGUGGCCCCGAGCAGAGGAUGUAGACCUGGAGUGGUUCGACUCUGGUAGCAACAGUAAGCUUCUGCAGGACCUGGAUAACUCUUCAGUGAUGGAGGAUGGCCGAAAGAAACUCAACACAGUUUUCCAUUACCUGAUCCCAGAGGGGGCAUCGCUGGCUAUGAGCAUGAAAGACAAGAAAGAGAACACCCUGGGGAGAGUCAAAGAUCUGGAUACCGAGAAGUAUGUACACUUGGUCCUACCUCACGAUGAGCUAAUGGAGAACAGGAAGUCGCACAGACAGAGCCACAGGAAGAAGGUCCUACCUGAAAUCUACCUGACACGCCUACUGUCUACCAAGGGAACUCUUCAGAAGUUCUUGGAUGACCUCUUUCAGGCUAUCCUCAGCAUCCCUCCAGACCGGCCCCCUCUGGCAAUCAAAUACUUCUUUGACUUCCUGGAGGAGCAGGCUGACAAACGGGGCAUCACAGAUCCAGACACCCUGCACAUCUGGAAAACCAACAGUUUACCUCUGCGUUUCUGGGUGAACAUCCUGAAGAAUCCUCAGUUUGUGUUUGACAUCGAUAAGACGGAUCACAUGGACGCCUGUCUGUCUGUCAUCGCCCAGGCCUUCAUAGAUGCCUGCUCCAUAUCUGACCUGCAGUUAGGCAAGGACUCCCCUACCAACAAACUGCUGUAUGCCAAGGAGAUUCCUGAGUAUAAGAAGAGGGUGCAGUGCUACUACCAGCAGAUACAGGAAAUGGCACCUCUCAGCGAGCAGGAGAUGAACGCUCACCUGGCUGAGGAGUCACGAAAAUACAGAAAUGAAUUCAACACCAACCUGGCCUUGACAGAAAUCUACAAAUAUGCCAAGAGAUACAGAAACCAGGUGGUGAACGCGCUGGAGUCUAACCCCACCGCACGUCGCACUCAGCUGCACCACAAGUUCGAGCAGGUCAUUGCCCUCGUGGAGGACAACAUCUACGAGUGCUGCAGUGAAGCCUGAACCUGCUGGCAUCUUGUCUACUAGCCAUCUCUUUUCUCCUGCUGCCAGCUGCCUUUUUCCUACCUACUUGCUUAUGUGGGAAUGUCGGCCACUGAGGAAUUAGCCUUCUUAAAAAAAAAAGUGUCAUUAUUAUCCCCAUUCUCCAAAGCAACAGACUGUAACAAGUGUGAAAAGUGGCAGAGCAAAGGACUCAAAAACCUGCCUUCCGUGUUUCCCCUGUCUUCUGGGAAUGUCAAGUAAAUUUCCCAAAUCUUUUCCCAUGACACGGACAGAAUUCUAGUCUGGCUCAGCUACGCUUUAAAGGGAAAGUGUAGGAGCAUGGAGAUGAGGCUUACUCUGGAUGUCUUUACAGUUACUGGGACCUAAAGCCCUGGUGGCAAUCUUAACGCACUGAACCCUUUUCUUAAGGGAAUGAGCCAAUGAUGCACUGUACUGUAUUAUAAUGUCCAUAGCAAUAUUUAUAGAUGUGUUAUAAUGCUGUCAAGUGGCCUGUUCAUCAGGAUGAGUAGAAAGGACCUUCGUGACAUACUCCUCCCAUCUCCUAAAGCCUGCAACGUUCUCAGGUGUGACUGGUGAAGAUGAGUUACUCAUCCCUCAUAGGUUUUUUGAACAAUACGUUCCAGUGUGCUUUGCAGGUUGAUGAUGGGUUGAGGAGGAGAAGAGGGAGGAGAGAAGAAUAUAAAUGACUGAAAAUUUAUUAAAUCAAAUGUAAUGUAGUUCACUGGGAAGAGCUGCAUCAUUAUAGAAGUGUUGAUCAGUGUGCUUGUAAACGAAUGAAUAUCAUGUUGGAUUCUGACCAAACUACAAGAGGGAAAUUUACAUUUAUGAAAAAAAAACUGAGCUCAAUAUAAUCUGAAGAGAUGUGUCAGACAUGACUGUAUUUGUGAUGCCAAAUGACUUGUCAGAGUUUGUGAAAUAAAUUACAGUAUUUAGGAUUUUAAUGUGUCUAAUGAUGACAAUGUUUAUUGUACUGUCAGAGUGCUUCAUUUCUGAGCUUCAUUACAGCUCAGCCAAUUUUAACAACAUUCGAAAACCAUUAAGAAUUUGGCCUGUCACCCACAAGCCUGCCAACAGGCAUCUGGAACUUCUCAGAAUGACUCGUAAAUGUUCUCAUGAAAAAGCGAGUAAGGGAAAAGCCAGGUAUACAUUUAGCAUUGUUUUUUAUUGCAGGACACUGAACAACUUCCACAAGAUCCUAACUUCUACGCAAUGAACAAAAUAAUAUCCCCAUACCUCUGAAUACACACACUGACAUUCUGACAUCCAUUCAAAUACAUAAACAUCCACCACACAUGCAUUCAGUCUCUUGCAGGUGGCGCCUCCUCCUUGCAGAGGCUUUUUUCAGGUCCAUCUGUUUACACUCAUGUCUCAGUUGAUGCCAAGAGCAAACUCACCACCUCAGCGUCGUCUCCACAAAGACAAGAGGAAAGACAGAGGGACCAGAGGACAGCCCCGUCUGAUGCCUUAAAAACUCAUCUGAGAUAUCUAAACAAAUUCAUGACUAAUUUCACAUGAGUAUUCAUUAAAUUUAUUGUUCAAAGCACAUUUUGGGGGAUAUGUAGCUGCAGCAAUUACUUGAACAAGACUUGAUGUGGAUGAAAUCAUGUUGUGUGGUUUUCUAAAUAAAAUCUUCACCUAU